AUGCCCCCUCACCACCCUAUCUGGGGUCAUCUUGGUGUCAUUGCGAGCGUCAUGAAGGAUCUACCGCCCGACCUCAUGCCUACAGUGGCUCUUGGCGAAUACUUCCGCCGACGGUACCCUCAUCUGGACCAAGCGUUCUAUCUCGACCAGUGGCCCUUCUCGAAGCCGAUGCUUGUCCUCCUGUCCCCGGAUGCAGCACGUCAAAUCAGUCAAGGUGUAGCGCUACCAAAGGAUCCAGGCCAACAUGAGUUCCUCACACCUUUGACCGGCGGCCACGACUUGGACACGAUGGAGGGCGAUGAGUGGAAAUUCUGGCAUAACGUCUUCAGCCCCGGCUUCCGUGUUUCGAACAUCGCUGCUUUGGUGCCGAACAUGGUCGAGAUGGUCAGCGUCUUUUGCGAACGUCUUCGUCAGCAGGCAAGAAGGGGUGACAAACCGUUUCACCUGAGCCCAAUGGCGCUCGAUCUCACCAUGGACCUCUCCAGCAAAUCGAUCUGGGAUCAUGAGCUGCACAGUCAGACCGGAUACAAUGAGUUUUCCGCGGCUUUAGCUUCGCAGCUGAGCUGGCUUCACUACUAUGGAACCUCACCACUGAAGGACUUGAACAUCCUCCGUCCAUUCAUGCAAUGGUACAACGCCCGGCGAAUGGAUACCUACAUCGACAGAGUGCUGUCUCAAAAGCCGAGACCUGGUAUGAGAGACAAGACUGGAGCGAUUUCGGUAUUGGACACGGCCAAUAUCCCGCGAGAUCCAGUUCAUGUCAAGGUACUCCCCAAGGUCAUCCGCUCCCAAAUCAAAUUCAUGAUGCUUGCGGGAUAUGACACCACCG